AUUUCGUCGUUGUUCGCGCACGACGGUAUCCAUCGGCUUCACCUCACGAAGCCUGCUCAUCGUCGUUGCUCGCCCGCUUUCUGGGGAGCUUCGGAGCUUUCGCGGCGCACAUGUUCUCGCAGACCGUAAUGCAACAUCCUUCGCAACAACAAUUCAUCAAACAUUGACACAUCGGAUCUGCUGGCCGCACAACGAGGAGCCUCUUUUGAAAUUCAACAUCAUCGGCCACUUGUCGUUCACCCCAGCGGACCUUCGUCGCAAUGUCAGCCGUCGCUACCACUGUUCCGCCGGCCGCCGCCGCCGCUGCUCCAGAGUCACCUACAACGACCCGGAAAGCCUCAACGAGCGGGGAGACCAAAGAGAAAGAGAAGAGAUAUAAAUGUCAAUUUUGUAAUCGAGCCUUUUCACGCUCGGAGCAUCGAUCGCGUCACGAACGUUCACACACAAAGGAGCGACCGUUCAAAUGCCAAAAAUGCCGUAGCACGUUCGUCCGACGAGAUCUAUUACUCCGCCACGACCGCACCGUCCACGCCAAAGAUGGCGGAGUUCCACUGCAGAGCGAAGCGAAGCGACGGAACACGGGCAACCAGAGCAAAGCAACAGCAACAGCGGCAUCAACAACGACAACAGCACCCGAAACGCCUGCAGCAGUGCCAAAGCCUCAGCCUGAGAUCGAGGAGGCAACUCUUGAUCCUUUCGCCGAUGGCGCAAACCCCUUUGACGUGGAGCAAGCUGCUAUGUUGAUGACAAAUUUCCAGCAAAAGGCAGCCAUGUCAGGUCACGACACCAGCACAAUUCAAGCGGAUACACUGAUGUCGCCCGUCGGUCCGUCUUUGCUCGAGCCUCCCAUGCCCACCUACCCAGGUUCCAUGACCUUGCCGCAAAUGCACGGCUGGGAUCAGAUGCUCCCUCAAAGCAUUUCGCAACCUAAGCCAGCGUCGAUAUCCAGUGGAGAGCCACAACAUGACCUUCCUUUGCCAUAUGCUACGAGCAAUACCUCCAAUACAUUGCCUCCACUCAUGGAACGCGGUCAAAGCCAGCAAGAUGGCCUGCCGUCGUUUGGAACAUCGUCAGUCUUGGGCGGCCUUGGAACGCCGAGUGCACUGUCACCUUUUCCGUCCAUGCUCGGCCCGGUCUCACCAGUGGACUACCGCCGAUCACCUGGCCCGCCGCAGCAAUGCACCAUGGCCAGAGCGCCUCAAGUAGAGACGGAAGAUCAGAUCAAUCGCAUCAUGGACAACAUCCGUCGCUGUGAUAGUGAACUGGCUCUGAUGGAGACCUUCCGCUUGCCACAGACCUCGGUCAUCAACCGAUACCUGAACACCUACUUCAACUUUUUCCACCACCAUCUGCCCUUCCUGCAUCCGGCAUCGUUUGAUCCAGCUCAAGUGGCUGCGCCGCUGUUGCUGUCCGUGCUGUCGAUCGGUGCGCUGUACACUUUCGAACAAGAUUCUGCGUACAUGCUACACAUCGGUUCAAAGGUCUUAGUUACGCAAUUCUUGCAGAACAAGGACGACUUCAGUUCUCGAAAGUCUCCACUCUGGAUGAUGCAAUGCUCUCUUCUAAACAUGAGCUUCGCAAGCUGGAGUGGCGACCCGAAGGGAUUGGAGUGGGCAUGCUCCAUCAAGUCUACCUUGGGACAAUUAGUGUCGGGCAAUAAAUACGAGCUGAACGUUCGAAAAGAGGCACGAGAAGGCCGACAGCCGAGUCACGCCGAAUGGAUCGAGGACGAGAGCUGCAGACGUACCUACUAUGCCGUCUACAUCUUUUUUGGUCUCCUGACCUUGACCUACAAUCACACGCCGGCCAUCAAUUUCAACGAGAUCAGCGAGUUGGAUCUGCCAUCAUCGGAGACACUGUGGAAUAUGGAUCUCGUCGACAGUGAAACUUGGAACGAAGCUUUGUCGACCAACACAAUCAUGAGCUGUCGCGAUGCUCAUGAUGCAUUAUUCCAAGGUGAGGCAACACGGUAUAGUGCCUUUGCAACCCGUGUUGUAAUCAACGCUCUGUUCUUGGAGGUCUGGUACCACACUCGCAGUCCUGGCGCGCUUCAAGAUGUCGUCACCGAGUACAAAUUGCGCCUGGCUCUUGAGACUUGGGAGAAGUCUCUCGAGCUCUGUCAACCGGAGACAGUUGUUGUGCAGCUGAGCGCACCUCAAAAGGGACACCCGCUCAUCUUCAAUGCAAUGGCUAUGUACAGGAACACUCGAGCCCGACUGCUCGUGGACCUGAAGAAAGUCCAAGAAGCUCUUCGUUACCACGAUUCGUUCGAAGUUGCUGCGGCUAUGACCAACUCCCACGUGGAGAGGAGCAAGGAAAUGCUGAACGUCAUCCAAGCUUGCUUUGACUGCAUUGAAGUUGCGGCGCUGCAAGGUAUCCGAUGGGUCGCCCGAACCUCAGCCACCAAUUGGAGUAUUGAACACCCUCUAUGCGGAAUGGAUUUGAUUGUCAUCCUUAGUCUAUGGUUGUGGCGAAUUGAACACGACGAUGAGCCAGCCGACGAGGACGAGAAGAUCAUGUACCAAAAGCUCCGUGGUCUAUUCGACGAGGAUACCGUCGAAGGCUAUGGACAAAAGCUUAGCGCUACUGUGGCUAAGCUGUGGGGUAGCAUGAUUGAUGAGGUCGUGGUUUGGGGGUAAGUUCUGCGCUGUUUAUUUUGCACUCUCGUCGCAGCGAACUAACAUGCUUCACAGAAUCACCAAGCUCAUGGGAGAAUCCUUCAAGCUUCACUCACAAUCCCUCAAGGGUUACGAGGACGCCCUCUUGGCUGCACAAAACAACGGCACAGCCGUGCCCGUCAUAGCUCCGCACGCCACCGAGGUGGCGGCGUAUUGAGCUCCGUCUAUCACCUGACGACUUUUCACGAUUUUGCUUUGUUUUAGUCGUGCGUUUCCACUCGCGGCCUCUAAUAUGCCGAUGUAUCCCCGGUGCUACAUCGGGGCAGCUUCA